AUGAGUGGUGAUCUUAAAUUUCGUCGUUGGCCUAUGAGAGCUAGUAUAGGCAGGGGUUCUUUGUUGACUAAUUAUUUUUCACAAAAUUGUGUGUGUGUUUUUCAUGGUAUCGGUUUCAUUUUUGACGUGUUCCAGUACGUUGGAGGAGAUGCGCACACUGUACCUUUUGACCAAGCUCCCCUUGCGGUUGUUCGCGCCCGUGACUUCAUGCAGAAACGUGUCUUGCAGGCUCUGAAUAUCCCUGCCCAAUUUAACGAAGUCUUGAGCGCCGCCUACAUGGAGAGGCAAAAAAUGGCAUUUCACAGCGAUAAUGAAAAGGGACUUGGUCCUGUGGUUGCAGGUUUGUCUUUAGGGUCACCAGCUCUAAUGCACUUUCGCCUCCUCGCGAAACAUGACCCAGAACGAAGGAAGCGAGGAAUACUUUUAAGCAUCGUUCUCCGCCAUGGUGAUAUCCUUGUGAUGGACGGCAAUGCUGUCCAAAAUUACUACGAACACACGGUUGUGCCAACCAACUUCAGGAUUGCAGCAACCGCUCGUCAAAUCAAUGCCGACCAUGCAUAG